GCCGAUGAGCGGCAUUGCAAAAGUGUUGCGAAAAUGGAAAGUGACCUCGCAGAGACUAAGUCUAAAGACUAAAUAGAAUUAAUUCAAUCACAGCGACGAGAUUGGAUGUGGACAUGUGGAACGUUCAGAUGGCGAGAGAGCGCAGUUUGCAAACAACAUUCCGCGUUGGCGAUCGGAUUUACGGCUCAAAAAUAAUGCCUCGUGGCAUCUGGAAGCUCGACUGCAUCGUUCUCCUCGGGAUCUGCUUCUUGCUAUUCGGAGACACUAUCCAUGUGGCAGCCCAAAGAAGUACUGCGGGAAAGACCGAGCGACGCAACUAUACAGGCAAGAAACCGGUGGUCAUCCAGCAUCGAUCCCAGGAUGCAGUCAACUACUACGAUCAUGAGAAUGGAGCCAAGAUCAUAAAGUCGUCACAUUUUGAACUGGACUACACUCUGGGACGUAAAAUCACAUUCUUUUGCAUGGCUCAAGGCAAUCCACGACCCACAAUUACCUGGUUCAAGGAUGGAGCCGAGCUCUACCAGCAUCGAUUCUUUCAGGUUCACGAGUCUCACAUAGAGACAAAUAUUGUUAAAUCAAAAAUGGAAAUUGAUCCAACCACACAAAUGGAUGCCGGUUUUUACGAAUGUCAAGCGGAUAACAUCUACGCCAUCGAUCGACGAGGCUUUCGCACGGACUAUGUUAUGGUUAACUUUUAGGACAAACUUUUCCUCAGUCUACGAUUUGUCUUUUGGAUAAUGUACAUCA